CAUUGAAUGCCUUAGUUACUCCUCCAACGACGACGAUAUCAACGUCGUCCCCACUCCUUUGCCACCUUAAUUAGAUCAACCUAUUCCUUCUAACGUAGGUCGAUUGGAAGCUUUGAUUUGGAAAUGGACCCGUCGGAGCUGAAGCGGGUGUUCCAGAUGUUUGACCGGAACGGGGACGGCAGCAUCACGAAGAAGGAGCUGCAGGACUCGCUCAAGAACCUGGGCAUCCACAUCGCAGAGGAGGAGCUGGCAGCGAUGAUCGAGAAAAUCGACGUGAAUGGGGAUGGGUGCGUGGACAUGGAGGAGUUCGGGAUACUGUACCAGUCAAUUAUGGACGAGAGGGACGAGGAUCCGGAGGAGGACAUGCGGGAAGCGUUCAAUGUGUUUGAUCAGAACGGGGAUGGAUUCAUCACGGUGGAGGAGCUGAGGUCGGUGCUCAGCUCCCUCGGCCUUAAGCAGGGACGAACCGUCGAGGACUGCAAGAAGAUGAUAAGCAAGGUCGACGUCGACGGUGACGGCAAGGUCAACUUCAAUGAGUUUAAGCAAAUGAUGAAGGGCGGUGGCUUUGCGGCCUUGAGUAAUUAA